CCUCAGUAAUCUUGCCCUUAAGAUAUAAUAUCCAGAUCCCAGAACCAGGACAUCAACUCUUUCGCAGCUAUGUUCUGGGGCCGCGGGCUCUUAUCCGCCGGCUACUCACGCCUCUCCAAUGGCGGCCUGACAGUCCGGCACCAGUCCCCCUUCACGCGCUGGCACAUCAAUGCCUUCACGGCGCUAUCGCUGCUCUUCCUCGCCGCCAUCGUCUACUGCCACCAGACAUUCUACCGCGACCCUGGCUCCUUCUUCUUCGACCCCAUAGCGGGAUACCGCCCAUUCUACAGCGUCGUGCGUCAAUCGCAGGUGAACGAGUUCCUGAUUUCCGAGGCGACGUCGCCGAGCCCUCCACGAGGCACCCUUGGCGGCACCGAUGUCCCCCAUAAACCCACCCUCUGCAUUGGCAUGUCGAGUGUGAAGAGGCCUGAAGACCAAUACGUACAGGUAGCCGUCGGGUCGCUGGUGCGGGAUCUGACACCGGAGGAGCGGAACAGCAUUCACUUCGCCGUAUUGUUCGCGCACACGAAUCCCUCCGACCACCCCUUAUUCAAUGCGCCAUGGCUGUCUGGGUUGCUCGACGCGCCGCUUAGCUACAAUGUCUCUGGUUCCAAGAUGGCUCGCCUGAAGGAGCUGGAGAAGGAGCGCAAGUUCAACGAGAAACUCAUGUUCGACUUCCUCUACCUGAUCGACCACUGCCGGCAAACGGGAGCAACGUGGAUCGCCAUGGUUGAAGACGAUGUCCUGGCACAAGACGGGUGGUACCACCACACGCUCCGCGCUCUCGAAGAGGUGAAGGAGAAGCAUGACGAGAACAAGACGUGGGUCUACCUGCGUCUCUUCUACACCGAGAAGUUUCUGGGAUGGAACUCGGAAGAGUGGCCCACAUACCUGGCAUGGAGCAUCUUCUUCGCGACGAUCCCCGCGCUCCUCGCCCUCAUUAUCCGCAACCGCGCCCCCUCCGCCCGCAAGAGCCUCACCAACUCCCUCAUCGCAACUUUCUGCCUUGGCUUCGUCCCCGCCUGCAUCAUACUCUACUUCCUCGCCGGGCGCGUCAGCAUGCAACCGCUACCACCGGGAGUGAGUCUCAUGAAUAGCUACGGCUGCUGCGCGCAGGGCCUCGUGUUCUCGCAGGAUAUCAUGCCGAAACUCGUGGCGAGGUUAGAGUCGGUGCCGCCUGGCCCGGCGGAUGUGGCUGUGGAGACGUGGGCAAUCGAAGAGGGUUUUGAAAGAUGGGCGCUGACGCCGAGUGUUAUACAGCAUAUUGGGAGGAAGACGAUGAAGCAGGUGUUUGGCGAACCGGAUAAGCCGAGCGAGAGGUACAGCAUUGGAGCUGCGAGGGGGCUGUGGAAUUUUGGUUUCGAAUUGCAUGAUAGCGAGGCGUUGAAGUUUGAGCAUAUGAAGGUUUCGGGACAGCUUAGAUGAGUGCGGUUGUUGUGAGGGACUACGAGGGUGCUUGGUCUACCUGCUUAGGGCUCGUGGUGGGCCUUGAUCGGCCAGGGAAGGAGCGUUGCUGCGUAACUUCCUCGCCGAGUAUUUGGCUGGACAGGAGGGAGCGUUGCUGCGUAACUUCCUCGUCGAGUAU